AUGCCACCAUCUGAGGGUGAGGUGUGCCACGCGGUCCUGAGCUUCGUCACCGAUGGCGCCUAUCCUGAGGAGAGCGUGGUCGCAGCGGAGUUCCCCGCAACAGCUCUUGCUAAGGAAUUGGAGCUGAUAUCCCAAGCCCGAGAGCAAGUAGAGAACGAGAUCAGCUCGCUGAGUCGGGAAAACACCACCUUUGAUGCCGAUGAUUGGAUCGUCCAAGCCAAACAACUGCACGCCGACAUCGAGCGCUCACGAGUUACCGCAAGGGAGAUAGUCGCCCAGCAUGAGCACACGAGCCCCCUCCGAGCCAAAGUAGAGGAUGCGAGUGCCAAAGUAGGAUUGAUCGAGACGGAAAUCGCUUUCAAUCAAGCUGUGGCGGAGACUCUGGAAGAGGUGCAGCGCCUGUGCCAGCAAUUGAACAAUGGACGAGCUGCGCUCGCAAGCGGUCAAUUAAUGGCUGCGAUCAAGCAGUUGGAUAGUAUGAAGGCGGCGAUUGGGCAGGAUGCUUUCUUUAUGAAUACCAAUGUGAUGAGCAUUCUCACUCUCGAGAUAGCACAGUUUCGGGAGCAGAUCGAGGACACUCUGCGCAUGCGCUGGCAGGAGCAGAUAAAGGUGGAUCGGCAGCAAGGGGAAUUCCAAGUGAUCAAGGGCGAUGGCGCCGAUUCUCUAGACAACACCAUCGCCUCCAUGUCACAAUUGGAGAUUCUGGAUUUGGCCAGCGAGAACCUCCUGAAGGACCUCUCUGCCGCAAUUGUCGACCCCAUCCUACUGCCACGAGCUGACGGGAAGAGCCGCACUGUUGAUAUUACAGACACCGGCAUCCACAUUCGAUCGGAGUAUUCAGACACAACCGUUUCCGAGACUCUGAGCCAGACCACAAAAGUUCUGGAUUAUUUGCGACAAAACCUACCACUGCCCAUCUCAGCUAAGCUCCCUCAAUCGCUGGUUCCAUCUGUUGCAUCCAAGGCAAUCUCUGGGUGGCUGUCCUCUUCGAUCCCAACCACUCUUGAGGGUCUCGGAGACUUCGAAGAGACUCUGGACUGUGUCAUGCAGUUCGCCAACACAAUUCAGUCUUGGGGCUGGACUGGGAUUGAGGAGCUUGUGUCUUGGGUCAACCAAGCACCUCGCCUGUGGCUGACUCGGCGUCGCGUCGACUCACUCGACAGUGUACGCAAAGUCCUUGCAGCUAGUAAAGGCACCACCAGGCAAGUUGAGCGGGUUGAAAAGGAACAGGUCUCUCGGGCUGAUGAGGCCUUGCUAGAGAAUGCUCCGGACGACUGGGACGCUAAUUGGGAUGACGACAAAGAGGAAGAAAGUACAGAGGGACCGGCAAUGGCUGCCCGGCCUGAAGAAGAUGAGGAUGUGAGUGCUUGGGGUCUUGAUGAGGACGCCGAAGAAGAGCCCAAACCUGAUGCAGCUGUCCCGAGUGGAGACGACGAUGCCGACGAUGAUGCGUGGGGUUGGGGCGAGGACGAGGGCGAGGAAGCCCAGAGCAACCAUAAAAAGCCGCUGCAGGCUGACACUGCCGCAAACGCAGUACAGGGUGGAAAGGCAGCGCAAUCCUCUGCUCCCAGAGAGAUGACUCUAAAAGAGGUCUACACAGUCACCGAUAUCCCGGACUCGAUACUGGAUAUUGUUCGCCAGCAGAUUCACGACUCGAAAAACAUCUCAGAGCCGCCGCAUUCGACUUCUCGUGUCGCUUCAUCGGGAGCCGGACUACUCGCCCUACCCACGUUGAUUCUGGCCAUGUUUAAGGCCACUUCCACCCCUUUCUACUCCUUGAAGCUCGGCUCCGGUCAAAUGUACCUGUAUAAUGAUAGCCUGUACCUUGCCGGCCAAAUUCGAGAGUUGAUGGAAGAACAUGAGCUGUCUAGGCUCAGCUCGGAUGUGGAAGCCCUCGAGAAAUUUGGUAAAUUCGCCUACAGCAAGGAGAUGCAGACACAAAGCACGAUUGUGACCGACCUUCUUGAUGGUGCGCAAGGCUUUGGGCAAUGCUCAGAACAGCCGUUCAAAAGCGAAUGUGAGAAUGCCGUAAGCGCAACUACUGAUCGAAUUCGUGAUGUCUACAAGGAGUGGCAGCCCAUUCUGUCACACUCCGCUCUGCUACAGUCCAUUGGAUCACUACUGUCUAUCGUGAUCAACAAGAUCAUCAUUGAUGUGGAGGAUUUGGGUGACAUCUCCGAAGAUCAGUCUAAGCAACUUGUGUGCCUCUGCAAUCAAGUCUCCAAACUUGAGGAUCUGUUCAUGCCCGAGACAAGUGGCGAGGUUGAAGCUGUACCUGUCACAGCCGUUUAUGUGCCAAAUUGGCUACGCUUCCAGUACUUGAUCAACAUCCUCGAGAGCUCUCUGGCUGACAUCAAAUAUCUUUGGCUGGAGGGUGAAUUGGGGCUCGAGUUCUCCACCGACGAGGUGGUGGAUUUGAUCGAGGCCUUGUUUGCAGAAUCUACCCAUCGUCGUCAGGCCAUCACAGAGAUCAAGCGUGCCCGCCGGGGAUGA